CCUUACCCAUGGUAAUGUUUAAAUCCUUUCCGACUCGCUUCUCUCCCGAGGAAAAAGCUCUUUUUGCUGCUCCAAUUCGCCUCCAAACGCAGAUAAAAUGGCGCCCGAGUCGAAGGCGCUGCGAUUUAAGUCCAAAUUCAUAACCGCAGAGCUGGCUCGUCUGUUCAGCCAAUCGGACAGCGAGGAAGAGUUUGAAGGAUUCAGCGAAGAGGAGGAAAGCGUGGACAGGAAGCGUUUUGUCAAACCGUUUAAGACCAAGGUGGAGUCCGAGGAUGAGAGCGAUGUGGACACAGGUUUCUACUCUGAUGACGAAGACCCACUCUUGACCAAGAGGAGAAGUCUUUUAGUGGCACUCAGAUUUCCAAGCAAACAGUCGUCCACGCCCAAACAAGAGCCAAAAAACAAAAGCGUCAAAAAGCCGGCGCAAGAAACCCUGGCGCAGAGGAUGAGACAGAGGCUGAAGGAGGAUAAACGCAAAGAAGAAGAGGAGGAACCGGAGGAGGAGAAGGAAGAAGAUGAGGUGUUGUACCAGAGCUUAAGGAAACGUGAUAAAAACAUCCGGGAGAACAAGGCCAUGCUGGCUAAGCUGUUUGCUGACCUCAGCACUAUGGCGGACCUGACGCUGCCCACCGCCCCUCAAAAGAAGAAGCGUUCCCCGGUGAAGGCGACGCCACGCAAGCGCAAAUCCGAAGUGGAGAACGGGUCGGAGAGGAGGAACCCGUCCCGUAAGGCCCGCCCUCCCGAGAACUUUGCUGUGGACCAAGAGUGUGAGCCGGCGCCCCGUGGAGGCCCCAAGGCCGUGGACCUCAGGAGACUUGUGGAGGUGGACGACGAGCUUGCUGGCAGCAAACCCAAAAAGAGAAGGAGCCACCGACGCAGUCAAUAUGAGUACAAGACCGUUGAUGACAUCACUAAGGAAGACCUGGACAACAUAGCGUGCCGCAGCAAGGACAAGAUCUGGGACAAAGAGACCGGAAGCUCGUGCCACCAGUGCAGACAGAAAACUCUGGACACCAAGACCGUGUGCCGCAGCGGCUUCUGUUCGGCGGGCAAAGGGCAGUUCUGCGGGCCGUGCCUCAAGAACCGUUACGGCGAGGACGUACGCACCGUGUUGCUCGACCCGAAAUGGUCGUGCCCUCUUUGCAGAGGGGUGUGUAACUGCAGCCUGUGUCGUAAAAAGGAGGGUCGCUGUGCAACUGGCAUCUUGGUAGGGCUGGCCCGCUACAACGGCCAUGAUAAUGUCCAUGAAUAUCUGGAGAGCAUUCAGAAGGAACUCCAGUAAAGUCUGGGUCAAACACCAUCACACUGUUGAUACCUGCUCAUGACUGUUUUAUACACAUUUAUAUUGUAGCACCAUCACUGUGAGAGUUUCCCACAUUUUUGUUAUUUUUUUUGUAUUUUUUUUUUUUAUACGUAAGAGAAAGCGCAAAAUCGUUUUGUAAUAAGAAAAAGCACAAAUGUUUUAACUAAUAAUUAUGUACUUUGUCACUUCUAAAACAAAUCUGACACUAUCUAAAAUACAGUACAGGCCACAAGUUUGGACACACCUUC